UUUUCUGUAAGUAAAAAAGAAAAUAUUUCCAUUAUUUUCAUUGCCCAAACGCUGAAUGGCAAUGAAACUUACCGAUGCGCCUUGCGACCCAUGGAAUUGAAAUUCUUGCGCUUCGGGUCCAUGUCCAAGUCAGGUAUCUAAUGGAUCGACCAAAGCUCCCAAAACGGGGCGAAAGAAUACCGCACCAGCCGUAGAGUUUCUCCAAGCAGUUCUGCGAUUCUAAAGGUGGAAAGUUCACCGGAUGAAGAGCCGUUCUGAGCAGGCCACAACAAAAUUUUCUGUCAACAGUAUGAACUCAAACAAAAUAAAAACUUCUAAUCUUUAACAACACACGUACGGUAACCGCAAAAAGUGACGAGUUUAAACGUUUGGCGGUUUUAAUUUUCAUGUACAUGUGGAAAAGAGAGAUAAAAACCUGUCGUUUUUUUCAUGCAGGAGAGCAAGAGACAGAAAAUUUGACAAGAAUUGGAUCUCCCGUGAUUCAGGAGAUCACUGUCUGGCAGUCACGGGGACACGUUAAGUUUCUGUGCUCUCGUAGCAAGUUUGUUUCGUAUUUCAGGAGAGAUGAAGCGUCCUGAGAUUCGGGCGAGUUCCCUUUCGAACUUCGUUUAAAUUGAGCAGUUUUCCCGUGACACGGAGAUUCAUGGUCCCGAGCGAGAUAAAUGCAAUCUUAGUGUGUGCCAAAUUCGCCCAACAGGUUCUGUACGCAAAACUGGAUAAACAGCUGCCGCUCCUACGCAAAGAGAUGUGCGAGAUGGUUCGCAUCUUGUGUUGGAGGUGGAAAAACCGAGUUAUUUCUAAAGAGUGCGUUAAGUAUCCAAUUUAUUAUCUUCUCUAUAUUUAAAGCGGUUAAUGAUUUGCUUUUCCUUGAUUAUAACAUACCUUUUUUACUUGCAAUGAUUACAGCUAUCCAAAAACUGUCGAACUGGAGGAAAUGGCUCGCAAAAUUAUCCAGGAGUUUCCAUAUUUGCAGAACUAUGCAGAAAACAGCGAAAUGGCAUUUUUUUCCAGAAAUAGUGGCAAAGGGCGUGGUCAGCCGCAUUCUGGUAUAAUCUACAAUCAUUUUAGAAAUUUAUGCCAUGGAAUACCAAAACAACAUAAAAAAUUUCCUCGUUCAUCCAACACAAUAACGGUUACAGAAGAAGUUGUCAGUAUAGCCAUAAACCUUGCAGUGAUGGAAGGAAUGCCUGAAAAUAUCACUUAUAUAAAAGAAGACAUGGUGAAGUGUUUGCCAUUACUACAAAAUUUGAUCGUUCGAAAAAAAAAAAACCAAAAUCAAUUUCGGAAACCUUACCGCACCUUCUCGGAUUUGGGGGUGAAAUAAUUGUUGACAUGUUUUCGAUAAUGAAUCCCUCAUACAAUAAACACGCAAACCUUAACAGUGUUUGUGCUAAGGGGCUACUGUUCAAGCCGACUAGCUUCGGUCGGGUCAAAGAUGGUAAUUUAAGAGGAGCUUUACGCAUCUGGCUAACCUUGAACUGUCAAGGAAUCAACCGUAAAAUUUAUGAUGGCGAUAUUGAGGAGCAGUUAGCGCAAGCAUUCAUCACAUGGACGGGAGAGGAUGCAAUGGCUACCCUUGAGAUGUUGGGAAGGUAUGAAGCCAUAUUCCUUACAACUGGAAAAUAUCCUCCAGCCCAGAUUCUGUGCCAAGCGAAACCAUUCGAUGUAGGGAAUUAUACGAUAUAUUUAAAUGGCAUCACAAUUAAGCCAUCCUUCCGUAGCCCAAGAUUUUACUUAAAUGCUGAUCAUCAAAAGCUCUGGUUUGGAUCCUACCUUAGCUACCAACUGCAGCUAUACGUCGAAGUUUUCUUCUCAACCACAAAUAAAACACAGACGCAGAAAACGCAGACCAACUUGGAGAAGUACAAUAAAACGAAAUGUGCCAAAUAUUGGCCGGAGAAUAUUAACGACUCGACACAGUAUGGAGAGCUGGGCAAUGCUUUUACUUCCGAUAGCUACUAUGCCGAUUAUAUAGUGCGAAAUUUGAAGGUGACAAAACGAUCUAUCAACUCAGCUGGCGAAGAUGUAGAAGACAAUCGAUACAUCUCUUAGUUCCACUAUCUGACCUGGAAGGAUUUUAUGGCAACGGAAGACCCACAAGGAAUCACCAAAUUCACCAAACGCAUCAAUUCAGAAUACUCAUUGCAGCGUGGCCCGAUAUUGGUUCAUUGCAGUGCUGGUGCUGGUCGAACCGGUAUUUUCGUGGCCCUCGAUACACUUUCACAGCAAUUGAACGAGGAAGGUCAGGUUUCCAUCUUCAACACAAUUUGUGAUAUGCGAUAUCAAAGAAAUUUUCUCGUUCAGUCACUG